GAUGGCACAUCAAUCAGUCAACAGUUGGGGUCGAGUGAUGGACAAUGAGUCAACAGGUGAGGCGCCCCACGUAGGUCCUCCAGUGCAUGUCUCCCCCCGGCCCCUCGACCAAUAGGAAUCGAGCGUUGUGGAGAGUGCCCGUGGCAGCCUCGCGGUACAAGAAGCGGAGAGAGAAAGGCGGCCAGCACGAUUCCGCUGACUUUAAAGGAGGGAGCUGUCACGUUGUAAUGGACGCAAACAAAGGUAAAGGAGAUCAAGGCAUCCAGAGUUCGGAGGGACAGGGUCCGGACAGCUUUCACAACAUGGAAAGCCUGCUUCCUAAAGCAGUGAAGAGACGAGUUCAUGCCCUGAAGAGGCUACAGGUUCAGUGUGCCAACAUAGAAGCCAAGUUUUAUGAGGAGGUCCAUGAACUAGAGCGGAAGUACGCUGUUCUUUACCAGCCUCUCUAUGACAAGAGGAGAGACGUUAUCACGGGAACGGUGGAGCCCACAGAUGAAGAAUGCGAGUGGCAGAGCGACCGAGAGGAGGAGGAUGACCUAGCGGAGCAACUGAAAAAGAAGGCUGCGGUUGAGGACAAGAAGGAAGACCCUACCCCAGAGGAAGACCCCAAAGGCAUCCCAGAGUUCUGGCUCACCAUCUUCAAGGGAGUAGACAUGCUCAGCGACAUGCUUGAGGAACAUGAUGAGCCCAUCCUUAAGCACCUGAAAGACAUCCAGGUCAAGUAUUCUGAGCCUGGGCAGCCAAUGAGUUUCACGCUAGAGUUCCACUUUGAGUCCAACCCCUUCUUCAACAGCACUGUCCUCACUAAGGUGUACAGGAUGAAGUCUGAACCCGAGAGCUCAGAGCCCUUCUCCUUCGAGGGUCCAGAGAUCAUAGACUGUGAAGGCUGUCCGAUAGACUGGCAGAAGGGGAAGGACGUGACGGUGAAAACCAUCAAGAAGAAACAGAAGCACAAAGGCCGCGGCACGGUGCGCACCGUCACCAAGCAGGUCCCCAACGACUCCUUCUUCAACUUCUUCAACCCCAUCAAAGUCGCACCAGAUGGAGAGUUGGACGAGGACUCUGAGCUCACCCUAGCCACCGACUUUGAAAUCGGGCAUUUCUUCCGUGAGCGGAUUGUUCCCCGGGCCGUGCUGUACUUCACCGGGGAGGGUCUGGAAGACGACGACAGCUUUGACGAUGAGGAGGAGAUGGAGGAAGGUGACGAAGAGGAGCAGGAUGAUGAGGAUGAUGAUGAGGAUGAAGGAGAGGUGGACACCAAGGCAUAAUCAAAUCAUUUUCACUGCAUGCAUUCCUACUAGAAAGCUGAAGCCCAGCCUGCCGAAUGCAAGCAGCAGUAAGCGGUGAGACCAGCUGGUGUCGGAUUACGGCGGAGAUCUUCUCACAUUUCUUUCAGGUUCUCAAUAAAUUGAAGGCCCCCCCCCCCUCUACCGUUUGCAGGCUCCGCCCAUUUCCGAUCUCUCGUCUGAACGCAAUAGAACGCAACCAAACAGUGUUUUUACGAUGUGCAUGACUUUUUAUUUAGAUUUUGUUUAUCUAUUUUUUCCUCUCCAUACCACCUUCUUAAAAACAGCAAACUACUAUUUUUGAAUUGUAGACGGGUGGUUUUGAGUUAUUGUUGAACAAAGUAUAAUCACUUGUAUUCUAAAGGAGGCGUCCACGUCACCACCAGGGGAAAGGAUCAGCCCCCAACUUAGGUUUUCCUUUUUUUGGUGGGGGGGGGGAAAUCAAUGACUCAGGGUUUUUUAA